GUCAGUCGAGUUGGAGGAGCGGAGAAGCGAUGGCGGAGGAUCACCGAACAAAGUUUUGCUGCUGUAAAGAUGUCACUGGAUAAACUCGCGAGGAAAGUGCACAUUUCGUGAAAACUUUUGAAAUGAUGGCGGUUGACUUAUGGGCAUGACCGGGAAGCGCUUUCCGCCGUGCUCGAGCGACGUGUCCUUGGGGACGACAGACUUUUGGGAGCCGCUGCGCUGAUAUUUUGUGAACUUCGGAGAGAGUGGAGUCGGACGAGCUAACGCGCUAGCACGGCUCUUUAGCCUGUAGUGUUAAACUCAGACAAACGGUGUUUUUUAUACAACAGAGAUACGUAAUGAUUUAACUUUAAAGUACCUUAAACGUUUCUUAAGUAGUGAAAUAGUUGUUGGACAUUUAGCUUGAUUCGUUCGCAUGGGAUGAGCAGGUACUUUGCACCUGUUGCCCGGUGGGGUAACGUUACUUAACUUGUUUUUCUUUCGUAGUAUAGUUUCUGUCUUGAAACAAAGAAAACUUAGACUUGUUUUUGAGCCUGAAUCAAUUGGCUUAUAAUGUAGUUUACCAUCAGAAGUCAACGGGAUAAUUCGCAUGUUUGUAAAAUACUGUGGCUAAUGCUGAUGUCCGAGCUUCACACACACCUCGCACUUCCAGAUUGGUUAACUGGCUUAACGUUACGUGGAAACAAACCAAUGCGUCUCAUAACCUGCCUUAAGCCGGAUUUAACAUGAGCCACUCUCCGUUAAUGAAGCGUUUAUUUGAUAUAAAGUGGAAUUUGUGAGGAACUCCAAUCAGAAACUGUUUGGUGUGUGCGCAUCCGAGAGGAAUACAACUACUGCCUGUGUUUUCACUCUGGUCAAGGCACCCUAUGGUGAGCCUGCAGGCACCGAGACAUGGAUGUUCCCCAGGCCGUUUUCCCAAACGGUGAGGGGCGACUGAGCCUCGAAGACCAUGUCUGGACGGAGUCCACUAACUCUGGAGCUUGGGCUCAUUCGGCUCCCGUGUGUUCCCGCUCGCUUUGGACCGCCGUGUUUGACUAUGAGGCCAGCGGGGAGGACGAGCUCAGCCUGCGGAGAGGAGACGUGGUGGAGGUCCUGUCUAAGGACGCUGCCAUCUCGGGAGACGAAGGGUGGUGGACUGGAAAAAUUAACCAUCGCGUGGGCAUCUUCCCAUGUAAUUAUGUUACUUACCAACCAGCCAUUUACAGGCUUCCCGCGGGUGGCGCGGUAGGGGCUCAGGAGACUGACCCGUUGACCCCGGUUCUGAUACCUUUUUCUGAGCUCGUUAUAGAAGAAAUAAUAGGCGUUGGCGGCUUUGGCAAAGUUUACCGGGGGACUUGGAAAAGCCAGGAGGUUGCAGUGAAGGCAGCUCGACAGGACCCCGAUGAAGACAUUAAAGCUACUGCAGACAGUGUUAAGCAAGAAGCCAAACUUUUCUCCAUGUUGCAACAUCUUAAUAUCAUGAAACUGGAAGGGGUGUGUUUGGAGGAGCCGAACCUGUGCUUGGUAAUGGAAUACGCCCGAGGAGGGACUCUGAACCGAGCCUUGACCGGCAGAAGGAUCCCUCCCCACAUCCUUGUGAACUGGGCCGUUCAGAUCGCCCGAGGCAUGCACUAUCUGCACGAGGAGGCUGUAGUUCCCAUCAUUCAUCGCGAUCUGAAGUCCAGCAACAUUUUAUUACUUGAAAAAAUUGAAAAUGAUGACAUCGGUCGGAAGACCCUGAAGAUUACUGACUUCGGCCUGGCUCGGGAGUGGCACAAAACAACCAAGAUGAGUGCAGCUGGCACUUAUUCCUGGAUGGCUCCUGAGGUCAUCAAAUCCUCCCUGUUUUCCAAAGGCAGUGAUGUCUGGAGUUAUGGUGUCCUGCUUUGGGAAUUAUUGACUGGAGAGGUUCCUUACCGUGGCAUUGAUGGUCUGGCUGUUGCUUAUGGUGUGGCUGUCAACAAAUUAACCCUUCCCAUUCCAUCUACCUGUCCCGAACCCUUUGCCAAGCUCAUGGAGGAAUGCUGGGAGCAGGACCCCCAUAUCCGUCCAUCUUUUUCUGCCAUCUUGGAGCAGCUGACUGCCAUAGAGGAAGCUGUGAUGGCCACCAUGCCACAGGACUCUUUCCACUCAAUGCAGGAGGACUGGAGAGUAGAGAUCCAGGAGAUGUUUGAUGAGCUACGCACUAAGGAAAAGGAGCUCCGUUCCCGUGAGGAGGAGCUGACGCGAGCCGCCCUCCAGCAGAAGUCUCACGAGGAGCUCCUGAAGAGGAGGGAACAGCAGCUGGCCGAGCGAGAAAUCAACGUGCUCGAGCGAGAACUCAACAUCCUCAUUCUCCAGCUCAACAAGGAUAAGCCCAACGUCAAGAAACGGAAGGGCAAGUUUAAGCGCAGCCGUCUCAAACUCAAAGACGGCAACCGCAUCAGCUUACCUUCAGAUUUUCAGCAUAAGAUCACAGUUCAGGCUUCUCCCACUAUGGAUAAGAGGAGAAGCCUCAACAGCACCAACUCAAGUCCCCCCAGCAGCCCUACGUUGAUACCCCGCCUCCGAGCCAUCCAGCUGAGCCACCCAGGUGACACUGGCCGAAGGGACUGUAUGUUUGUGUAUCACCAGGAUGUGGAUAUCACAAGCGAGUGUAAACCUCCUAGCGGGUUUAGGAAGAAAGUGACCCUGGAUGAGAGCAACAGAACAUGGGGCCGGAGCACCAAUUACAAACCCGAGGAGUUUGAGGAUGUUAAAAAAGGAAUUAAGAAGAAGGGCCGCACAUGGGGACCAAGCUCUGUACAGACGAAAGAAAGGGGAAAUUGUGCUGAAAGAGUUCGACCUCUCUCUGAUGGAAGCAGUCCGUGGUCUACUAGUCUCAUGAAGAGCCAGAAAUCCGUUCCAUUGGCCGCCUUAUUUGCUGAGCAGGCAACCAGUAAAGAUGAAGCGUAUUCUGGCGAUGGAUCUGACAACAAACCAAAGCAAUUCAAGUUCCCCAACCAGGUGUACAUUGAUCUACCUCUGUGGAAAGAUGAACAGGGGGACAGCCAGGGACCAGGUGGAGGAGGUGAAGGUGAGAGUCAGGAAGACCCAACCACAUCUACGAGUUCAACCAGCACUACACCACAGCACACCCCCACCAACAGCCUAAAGCGCGCUGCCACACACCGGCGCACAGACUCCGUUCUCUAUGGCUGUGCCUCCAUCCUGGCAUCUGUUGCCUUUGGCUUUGACCUGCGGGAGGUCUGUAAGGCCGCUGUCAACGAGGAACAAGAACCACGUGAGGAGAAGAAAAAACGGGAAGGACUUUUUCAGCGCGCCACUCGCUUCCGCCGGAGCACCAGUCCCCCUGGUGGUCGCUCACGGAAGGACGAGGUUGCAGCUGGGCCUGUGAACCUGCUCGCCAUGUCAUCGAUUUCUGAGUGCAACUCCACCAAGUGCCUCCUGCAGUCAGAUUUCGAGGGGUCUGGGUGUAGCCCCUUGAAAGAGUCUCCGCUCAGCAGUUUGCAUACAAAUCAGAAUACCAGCACUAGUUCAAGUGUGGCGACCCCUGUGAAAAGUGACGCCCUUCCUUCAACAGAUCAUUCUUCUGGAUCCAACUCUCGUCUUAGGAGAAAGAAGUCUAGCCCUGCGGUGUGUCAAUCCAUUAAUGGCAACGGUAACUCCCAAACCAGCCCAGCUGAUUCAUCCGCCAUCACUUCCUCAAGAAAGAAGCCUGACCGAGAACCUGUUCAGGAGAAGCAAACCCCCAGCGAAUCUGUUUCCAGACCCCGACCGCUUUCCUUAAGAAGCAAGCCUCAUUCCUGGGGUCUGCUCAAGAGUCGCAACAAGAGCUAUUCUCUGGGGCACUGCUCUGGGGGAAAGAGUGCCCAAACCUUGGAUGUUGUUUUCCCCUCAGAUGUCAAAACGGGAUUCUCUUUGCUGGAUGUGGACACAGAGGGUCAAAAACGAGACUGCACAGUUCCGCUCUGUCGAAUCCAGAGCACUCCAGGUCGGCUUUCUGUCUUUGAGCUGGAGAAAGAGUUUUUAUCUUAAAAUAAGCUGCCUUCUGAACGAAACCUUAACUUGUUUUUCCCUUUUUAAAGACAUCAUGGCCAUUGAUCUAUAUUUGAGCCAUUGCUGCUGGAGUUAAUCUGUGGUACUUUUAUUUAUAUUCUGUUUACUUUGAUAUGUAAUUUAAGAUGAAGUGACAUAUAUGAAGUAAAUGAUCAACAUUCCACUGGAUUUACAGUAGAAGUGCUGGUUUGUAGUUUUCACACAAGGACAUUUUACACUGCACAAUAUCUCUUCUGUUAGAAACUACUGAUUUUUGAAGUGUUCAGGCAUUUUUGUCAUUUGUGUCAUGUAAUUUCAUAUGAAAGACAUAAACAGGGCCCACGGUGUUUAUACUGUAUAAAUAAUAAUAAUAGGUGUUGGAGUGAUUAACAGUUAGUUCUUUGGUAAAGUGGUGCACUAUAGAAAAUGCGACAGACCAACUAACAAAUCCAUUCCUGAAAGAGGCAGUCAUCAGCAUUGCAAUAAUCAUUUAUGUUUGUUUGAUUGGUGAAGUCUUUGCAAACCCACUUCACAAGACAUCCUCUAGGAUAAAACACAUGCUCCUUUAAUUUAGAUCUGCUGUUCUGUGGUAUUUGACUUUUAUGCCUUUUAAUUCCCAUCGGUUUAAUGUAAUUAUGCCUGCCACAAAUUUACUUGCCUGUAAAAUCCAUAGGUUGGAUAACUCGUGACAUAAAUCUAGUAUUCCUGAGACACCAUCUCUGUAGUUUAAGUAAAAAUAUAGUCAAUGUCAAUCUACUGCCAAUAAAAUGAGUAUGCACUGCACUACUGAUGCUGUCUAUCAAUAUUGAUAUCAUUCUAAAGUACAUUUGACUUUGUGUCAAAUACAGCAUUCCACUAUAAAUACACUAACAAUUUAAUUUAAGCACCAGAACAUUCCUUAAGUCUUACCACUUACGUAGCUUUUGGUUUCUGAGUUUACACCGCAAUGGGUUAUGAAAACAUUACAAUAGUAUGUUUAUCGACAUAAAUGAUUAAAUUGUGUGAAGUGAUCAUUUGUUUAACCGUUGCAUGAAAUAUACUUUAACAUGUACUGUAUCUUAUAACCUGAUCUCACAGGAAUUCAUAACUAUUUUACAAGGUGGCUUUUUCGAAUGAAUUUGUUCAUUGUGAAACGAACAAAAACGUUCGAUUACUAGAAAAAAGCAAUACUGAAGCUCCACCCCUUCACUGGUGCGAAAGCAAAUCGUACUAAAACUUACAAAGGAGGUCUUACAAAUUUGCCACAGCAUAAAAUAUAUUGUGUUGUAUCUUAAUACUGCUACCGUAACAGCCAAAUUCUCUUAGUUGUAAUCUUUAUAUUUUAACUGUAUUCUCAAUCAUUACCUUUUGCCGUAGACCGAAUAAUUCUCUUGUUGGUUGUCUAUUACGGAACGAAGUAGUAAAAUAUCCCCCUGAAGGAUGAAUUAGAUUUUUUUCAACAUGUGGAGACUGAUCUGAAACAUGCCUAGUUAUUUUGGAGUUAUAGGGGUGACAUGGAUGAGUAUUUUAACUCUUAUUUGUUGAAUAGAUGCGAGAUGAUUUCCCACACGCAGUAUUGAAAAGCUUUUUCUAAGUAUAAUAGGCACUAGAAUUGUGUGAUUCAAAGUAAAAGUACUGUUUGUUCAGAAAAUGUCACAAUGGUUUUUUCACUGACCACCAGCCUCAUCAUCUGUUUAAAAACCCAUUGUGUGGUGAUGUUUUAAAGGAAGAGCGAAAUGUCAUGUGAGGCACUGGAGUUUUUAUUAUUUUGAAUUCUGUAUUGAUCCGUGUUGCUGUUGUUAAUAUCUUAAGAUAUUGUAAAACACAGGACUGGAUUCACGUUUUGCUAGUUUAGGUGUACAACUGCACAUAGGAUUCAUAUGAACAAUGUACUCGAGAGACAUUGUGGUGCCUCUUUUUUAUGUCUUGCAAUGAUUUUUACUUUUAAGAUGAAAUAAUACAAUGCCUGUUUUUGUAAAUAUCUUGUGUUGUUGUUUAAGCACAAUCAAUCCUACUGUUAUGGGAGUACUGCAGCAAUCCAACAUUUUAAUGCUCAUUUCAACAGAUUUUCAAAGGCACAAACUUCAGAGUGGAAAGUUUCAAGUUUUCACCAAAGUUGAAGUUGCCCACCAUCUUGGGAACAUCUUAGCUUUCCCAAUGUUAAAUCCACAUGAAAUGUUACAUGUUACACAUGCAUUGCAUAUAGUUUUUUUAGUGUCUGUGCGCUGAGCUCUGUUUUAAUCCAGUGUUUACCCAUGUGACCAAUUUAAUGUUAAGCUGUGCUGAGGUGGGCUGAUGAUGGUUCACCAAACUGGUUAAUUGCUCCAGGAGGGCUCAAAGAGAAAAGGGCUGAGCCCACAAUCGUCUAAUUUCUAUCAAAUUCUACUAUUUUACUGUACACAAGUGACCAAUAAAUCCUUUAUACAACAUUUAGGCUUUGGUUUUCCAUUCAUAUGCGUCUUGUCUGUUUGUUUGCUUUAACAGUGCUUAUAUUUAGUCAUUAGCCCAAAAGAUGAAGUGUCAUUUUUAUGUUAUAAUACAUUCUGGUCAAGUUAAAUAUACGGAUAUACCCACGCAAUUUAAGUAGAGUUCCCCAAAAAGUAUAAAUACUGACUCCCACUUACUACAUUGUUCUGUUAGCCCCACCAAGGUGUUCAUGUGAUAGUUCACCCAAAAGUGAAAAUUCUGUCAUUUACUCACCCUCAGAUCGUUCCAAUCCUAUAUAAAUGCAUUUGUUCUGCUAAACACAGAGGAAGAUAUUUGGAAGAAUGUCAGUAACCGAGCAGAUAUCAUCCCCCGUU